AGCGCACAGCUGCCGCUGCCCGCCGGCUGGGAGGAGGCGCGAGACUACGACGGCCGGGUCUUCUAUAUCGACCACAACACGCGCCAGACUUCGUGGAUCGAUCCCCGCGACCGGAUAACAAAGCCAUUGACCUUUGCCGACUGUGUCGGGGACGAACUUCCUUUAGGAUGGGAAACUGUCUACGACAAACAGAUCGGGAUUUAUUACAUGGACCACAUUAAUAAGCUCACCCAGCUUGAGGACCCGAGGGAACAGUGGAGACGAGAGCAGGAGAGGAUGCUCAAGGAAUAUUUAAUUGUGGCCCAGGAGGCCCUGAAUGCCAAGAAAGAAAUCUACCAGAUCAAGCAGCAGCGCUUCGAGCUGGCUCAGGAGGAAUUCCAGCAACUGUACAAACUGUGUGAGGAUGACAGCCGCUCCUAUGCCAGCUCCUUCUCUGGGUAUUCCACCAACACAAAGUAUGACCCACACCAAAUCAAAGCCGAGAUUGCCAGCCGCCGGGAUAGGCUUUCCAGAUUAAAACGAGAGCUGACCCAGAUGAAGCAAGAACUGCAGUACAAGGAAAAGGGAGUGGAGACUUUGCAAGAGAUCGACCGGAAGAUGUCAAGUGCGCAUACCAGCUACAAACUGGAUGAGGCGCAGGCCAUCAUGAGCGAGCUUCGCACCAUCAAGAAAGCCAUCAGUACAGGCGAGCGGGAACGCCGGGACCUCCUCCAAAGCCUGGCCCGGCUGACUGAUGGCUUUAAGAAUAGUUGCUCCAUCACUGACUCGCUGCAGGAUUCCCCUUCCCGUUCCGGUUUGCCUGGCGAGUCUCCCCUGCCUCCCCAGUUCUGUGAUGCCGGUUCCCAGACGGAUACCAUCGGGGAGUUGGUCUUUGAUGAUAAAACGAGACUCGCAGACAGAGUCAGACUUAAUUGGCAGUAUGAGGAAGCCAGAAAAAGAGUCUCGCAUAUCCAGCAGCAGCUGGCCCAACUCGAGAACGAAUCCUGGCCCGGCAUGGCGGAGGCGGACAGAGAUAGGCUGCAGCUCAUCAAAGAGAAAGAGGCCCUGUUGCAAGAACUCCAGCGCAUCAUUCAACAGCGGCGUUCGGUGGAGGACGUGGCCCGGCUGGAGCAGGAGAGGAGGCGCCUGGAGGAGGAGACCCAGCGCGCUCGCGCCUCGUCUGCGCAGGGAGCCACAGAGAGGAUUCUGCUGCAAGAAAAGAGGAACUGCCUACUUAGGCAGCUGGAAGAAGCUACCCGCUUAACAUCGUACCUCCGGUCCCAGCUGAAAAGCCUGUCCGCCAGCACCUUGACCGUGUCUUCGGGGAGCAGUCGUGGGUCCCUGGCCUCCAGCCGAGGCUCGCUGGCCUCCAGCCGCGGCUCCCUGAGCUCCUUGAGUUUCACCGACAUCUAUGGCCUACCGCAGUACGAGAAGCCGGACGCCGAGAGUGGCCAACUCCUGGGCUUCCACCUGAUCCCCUCUGACUCACUGGGGCGCGAUGCCCCCUUGGCAGACCCACUCGGCCCUUCAGGCUUCCAGAAGCAGCGGCGGUCACUGGACACGCCCCAGUCCCUAGCAUCGCUGUCUUCUCGUUCCUCCCUGUCCUCUCUGUCGCCUCCCAGCUCGCCCUUGGACACGCCCUUCCUCCCGACGUCCAGGGACUCGCCUCUGGCGCAGCUGGCAGAUGCUUUUGAGGUGCCAGGCCUGGGUGCCCUGGACAGGUUACGUGCGCAAGCCUCCGCCCUGGGGGAUGAGGAUCUACCCAACUCGGCUUCCCUUCAGCAGCACGCAUUCGCCGGGGACGGUGAAGGACCACGUGAACGAGGUCCCCAAGUGGCCAGUGGUGCGGCGGCAGGAACAGUAACUCCUCUUCGAGAAGACAGCGCCAAGAGGCUGGAGAGGAGAGGAAGCAGCGUAUCUGCCUGCCUGUCGGAUUAUUCGCUAGCAGGUGAUAGCGGAGUGUUUGAACCCUUAUCCAAAAGGGACGGAGAGACGGAAGAGCCCGCGCUGGGAGAGGUGAGCGGGAAGGAAGAGCCACAGAUUCACGUGGGGUUCUUGCACGACCGCGCUAGCCAGUGUCUCCUGGUGCACGUGCUUCAACUGAAGAACUGUGCUGGGCUGCUGCUCAGCCAAGACUGCAGAAUCCACAUCCGCAUCUACGUGCCUCCCCUGGACGCUGGCACUCCCAGCACUUACUGCUCCAAGGCCCUGGAAUUCCAGGCGCUGCUGGUGUUCAACGAAGUCUUCAGAAUCCCUGCGCAUUCCAGCAUGCUGACGCUGAAAGCGCUUCAGUUAUACGUGUGUUCGCUGAACGCACAGCUACAGGAGGAACUCCUGGGCAUUGCUCAGAUUCACCUGGCUGACUGGGAGAGUUCGUGUGAGAUGCAGUUGCACUGGUACUCGGUGCAAGUCUUCACCAGCCCUGAGCCCCCACGGACAAGGGAGCCCAGACACCCCACCAAGGGCAUCUCCGGGGAGCCUGAACGUGCGCCCUGCGGCAAGCCUGACGCCGUGACGGCGCUGCUGGCUAGGACCACGGCCCAGCUGCAGGCUGUAGAGAGAGAGCUGGCCGAGGAGCGCGUGAAGCUGGAAUACACGGAGGAGGAGAUCUUGGAGAUGGAACGCAAGGAAGAGCAGGCCGAGGCCGUAUCCGAGCGGAGUUGGCAGGCCGACUCAGUGGACAGUGGCUGUGGCAACUGCACCCAGACCAGCCCCUCCUACCCAGAAUCCUGUUGUGCUGGUGUGGACUCCUUUCACGGAUACGUGUUUGCUCCUCAGGCAGACCCGUACAGCCCUGAGAAACUUAAACCCCCACCUGUUAAGGUUGACAAGGAAACCAACACGGAGGACCUCUUCCCCGAGGAGGUGGUGCGCUCUCUGAAGGACCGGCCCUGCCGCCGUGCCCGCGGGGCGCCCUUUGCACGGGGCAGCACCAUCGUCCGCUCUCAGACCUUCUCGCCCGGGGCUCGGAGCCAGUACGUGUGCCGACUCUAUCGAAGCGACAGCGACAGUUCGACGCUGCCUCGGAAGUCCCCCUUUGUUCGAAAUACUUUGGAAAGACGAACCCUCCGCUCUAAGCAGCCCUGCAGGUCUUCCCUGGCUGAGCUCAUGGCCCGCACCUCCCUGGACUUGGAGCUGGAUCUCCAGGCGUCGAGAACGCGGCAGAGGCAGCUGAACGAUGAGCUCUGUGCCCUUCGUGAGCUGAGGCAGCGGCUGGAAGACGCUCAGCUGCGAGGUCAGACAGACCUUCCGCACUGGGUGCUCCGGGACGAGCGAUUCCGCAGCCUCCUUAAGGAAGCCGGCCGACAGACCAGACAGACCAAACUUGACUACCAUCAGGAACAGGCAGCUGAGAAGAUGCUCAAGAAGGCCUCCAAAGAGAUCUACCAGCUGCGUGGCCAGAACCACCAGGAGCCCAUUCAAGUACAGACCUUUAGGGAGAAGAUAGCAUUCUUUACACGACCAAGGAUUAACAUACCUUUACCAGCAGAUGAUGUUUAAUGUAGUGCAUUGUACCCAUCAAGUAUUUGUCUGCCUGUUUUUUCAUGAAGUUCUUAGAUGAGCUAAAUGUGUCUUUAAAAUAUUUGUGCAAAGCUAUUAAUAUACACAUUUU